GACAAAACCUUAUUCCGCCGGCUCCCAUAUAUUCCCGGUCCUCCGUCCUCCGCUCCCCACAGCCGGAGCACGGGACGUCGCCUCCCACGUCUCUUUCCUCAGUUUACCAGCCAAAACCCGAUCUUUACUAGCCAAACCAAACCCACGAAGGCAAUGGCAAAGCCGCCAAUGGCCAUCGAGACGGAAGCAGUGGCGGCGGCGAGGGCGGUUUCCCAGACGGCGCCGAUGUGCCCAGAGGCCGAGGCGGCGACCGUGGCGGUGGCGGGCCCCGUGCGGCCGCGUGGGUGGCUGCGGCGGCUCAUCCCGCGGGAGUACCUGCCCCGGAGUCGGCGGUGGAGGUCCGCCGGCGACGCUGUGGGCGGGGGCGCGUCGAGGCUGGCGUCGUCGCUGUCGCGGUCGCUGCGGUGGAAGCGGCUCCCGGGAUUCUCCUCCCUCAGCCUGCGGAGCGGCUCGGCAUCGGCGGUGCUCGACGCGGUCGCGUUCCGUGUCAUGUACGUCGUGGAGGCUGUCGUGCUCGGCCUCGCGCUCUCUUGCUUCUUCCUCUGCUGCGGCUGCCACCUCUGAGCAGACUGAGCUGUUUCUUCCCCCUUUUCCGCUACUUGGGCGGGCGUGUAGCAAAUGCCAUCUUCUUGCUUCUUCAGUUCUUCUAUCGGCGAUUUUGCUGUAAAUUUUAUAACUUUCGGUACAAAGAUGGAAAUUUGCAAUC